AUGGUUUCUUUUUUAAGAAAGUUAAGAACUUCUUCUGUUCCUCCUAUGGAAACAGAAGAUAGCAUUAGUGAUAGUAGUAACUUUGAAUAUUCUUUUGCUGUUGUUUACGCUGGUCCUCCUCUUAAUCAUUCAAUCCCUGAAAUCCCUACUUUCAAAAUUGAUCAAGUUCCAAUUGCAUCUGUAGCUCCUUCUCUUUCUCAUGAUUUCAAUGUACCUGUUAUUCAACCACUUGGUAAACUUCAUCACAGAAAUAAGCUCAAACACAAAAGAACGACUUCAGGUUCUACUGUUUAUCCUAAUUUAGAAUCUCAUGUAGUUGAAAUUGAAGCAUCAAAAAGUGAUGUUCAUGUUCAUGUUCAUGUUGAUUUGAAUGAGAAUGAGAAUGGAGUUGUUGAUGAUGUUGCUACAAAUUCUGAUACAAAAGAAUCGGAUUCUGGUUCAGGUAUAGGGUUUAGGACUUCUGAGAUUUGUUCAAUAAGUGAAGAAGAAGAAGAAACAGUUAAAACAAAACAUGUCAAACAUCCUUCAGCGGUUACAUUCUGUGACCCUGAAUCGAAUUGCGUGGUAGAAAUCGUAAGUGACGAGUUUUUUGAUUCUCGCAAUGUAAGUGUACCUGUGAAGGCACAUGCAGUUAGAGCAGGAAAAAAAGGGUCUUGUUAUAAGUGUCUUAAAGGGAAUAGUUUAACUGAGAGAGAGAUUUGUAUUGUUUGUAAUGCAAAGUAUUGUAGAUACUGUGUGAUAAGAGCAAUGGGAUCGAUGCCGGAAGGGAGGAAAUGCGUCGGUUGUAUUGGUUAUGGAAUUGAUGAGAGUAAAAGAAGGAAGCUUGGUAAAUGUUCUAGGAUGAUGAAACAGUUGUUGUCUGAGACUAUUGUGGAUCAAAUUAUGGAAGCUGAAAGGCUUUGUGAAGCUAAUCAAAUUCCACCUGAACUUGUUCAAGUUAACUCGCAAAGACUUAAUCGAGAACAACUGAAGUUGUUGCUUCAUUGUGAUCAUCCGCCGAAAGAUCUUAAACCGGGAUCUUAUUGGUAUGAUAAAGCUUCUGGAUUUUGGGGAAAGAAAGGUCAACCACCUUGUGAAAUUAUCAGCCCCCAGUUGGACGUUGGCGGUCGUUUGGAGAAAAAUGCAAGCCACGGAAACACAAACGUGAUGAUAAAUGAUCGUGUGAUUACUAAAAAAGAGAUGUUGAUACUAAAGAUGGCAGGAGUACAAUGCGAAGGAACUCCACACUUUUGGGUUAGUCCCGAUGGAUCGUACCGCGAAGAAGGACAAAAGAACGACAGGGGACGCAUAUGGGACAAGGUUGGAACAAAGGUUGCUUGUGCUAUUCUGUCACUGCCAGUUCCUUCAAAGUCUGCAUCUCUUAACGAUGAAGUUGAAACAGCUAAGAAACUCGGCCUUCAUAAAAAAAUCUUUCAAAAUAUGUUACUCGUCGGUUGUGUCAAUUCUGGAGCAUGCACUAUAUUUAAACAGGCCAAACUUUUAUAUAAUGCUCCUUUCUCCGAAAAUGAGCUUCAAAAUAUCAAGUUGGUGAUUCAAAGCAACCUGUUUACCUACCUUGGUAUACUUCUGGAGGCGCGCCAAGAUUUUGAAGAAGAGAGUUUGCUAGAAAAUAGGAAAAGAUUGUCUUUGGAUGAAUCCACAUCAUCUGGCAAAAAUGUUUAUACAACACCCUAUUCAAUUGGCCAAAGACUGAAAGGUUUCUCAGAUUGGUUACUCAAAUGCAUGCUGUCGGGUAACAUGGAUGCAAUAUUUCCAGCUGCUAUACGCGAAUAUGGGCCAAUGGUAGAGGAGUUGUGGAGGAACGAGGCGAUUCAGGCGACAUACAACAGAAGAAAUGAACUAAAAACGCUACCUAGAAGUGCAAACUAUUUUCUAGACAGGGCUAUUGAAAUUUCCAAGAUAGAUUACGAACCAUCUGAUAUGGACAUCUUAUAUGCCGAGGGGAUGUCGUUACUGAACAGCCUCACAUCAAUGGAAUUUUCAUUUCCAAAGUCAAGCAGAGAGGAGUCUUUGCAUCCCGAUUAUCAACAUGAUUCUUCUCUCAGAUAUCGACUCAUCAGAGUACAUCCUAAAAGCCUCGGAGCAAACUGCAAGUGGUUGGAGAUGUUCGAAGACACCGAUGUCAUUUUGUUCUCAGUCUCCUUAACCGACUAUGACGAGUACAUUGUAGACAGCAAAGGAGUGUCUACAAACAAAAUGUUGGUAUCGAAAAACCUAUUUGAAAACAUCAUCGAUCAUCCGAGUUUCAAGAAGAAGAAAUUUGUUUUGAUACUCACCAAAUUUGAUCUUCUAGAGGAAAAGAUUGAACAUGUUCCACUAAAAAAGUGUGAAUGGUUUUCUGACUUCAAUCCAGUUACAAGUCAUAAUAAAAAAAGAAGUGGUAAUGGUAACAAUGGAACUAUGCCAUCAUUAGCUCAAAGUGCUUUUCAAUACAUUGCUAUCAAGUUUAAGAGAUUGUUCCAUUCUUUCACAGAAAGAAUUCUAUUCGUUUCUUUGGUUACUGGAUUGGAACCUGAUACGAUCGAUGAUGCUCUUAGAUAUGGUAGAGAGGUUAUAGAAUGGGAAAAAUGGGAUCCUUCUAUUGUUAAUGAGAAGUCUGAGAUUACUUCAACAAGUGUUGAAGAGGCAAGUUCUUCAUAA